UGUAAUGGACAACUCUACAAGGAAGCAUGCUGUGAGCUUUGCACUUUGCCUAAUGUCAUUUCUGGCUUGUGAGGGGAAUUCAGAGAAAGGCAAUGCUUCCCUAUUGCACUUUACUUAUCCUCUUUAUAACACCACAAUCUAUGAAAAUUCAGCUCCCAAAACCUACGUGGAGAGCUAUGUUAAAAUGGGCAUUUACAUCACAGACCCAGCAUGGGACAUCAAAUACAGAAUUGCUUCUGGGGACACAAGUGGCCUGUUUAAAGCUGAGGAAUAUAUUGUUGGAGAUUUCUGCUUUUUGAGGGUUAAAACUAGAAGUGGCAAUACCGACCGUUUGAACAGGGAGUUUAGAGACAAGUACAUGCUAAUCAUCCAAGCCAUGGAGAAGACGUUUUCCUAUGAGGCUUGGGCCAAAGUACUCAUCCACAUCCUUGACAGAAAUGACUUGAAGCCUCUGUUCUCACCCCCUUCUUAUAAAGUGACUGUCCAAGAAGAUGCACCCCUAAAAACUGUGAUUGGUGUGGUCAGUGCCACAGAUGCUGACAUUGGCCAGAAUGCAGAGUUCUAUUAUGCAUUAAAUGCAAGGUCACAGUUGUUUACAAUUCACCCCACCAGUGGUGUAAUUAUGAAUGCGAUGAGACUUAAUGCCACCCACAGAGGGAAGCACCAGUUGAAGGUCCUGGCUGUGGACAGAAUGAGGAAGAUCUCUGAAGGAAAUGGCUUUGGAAACUUGGCCAGUCUUAUAGUCCAGGUGGAACCAUCUCUCAGGAAACCCCCGGUUAUUGCGUCAGUGAUGGUGAGGCCAUCUGAUUCUGCUGAAGAUCUCCUCUAUGCCACUCUGAGUGUGGAAGCAGAUGGAUCAGCAGCUGGGGUAGAUUCAGUUGACAUUGUGGAUGGAGACCCGAGAAGGCAUUUCAAAUCCAUCAGAUCGUAUGUGGGAAGCAAUGAGUUUAUGAUAGUGUCAGCCAAAGAGAUCAAUUGGAAUGAUUACCCACUUGGUUUCAAUCUCAGCCUCCGAGCUAAGGACAAGAACAAACCACCACUUCUUUCUCAGAUUGUAGUUAUUCAAAUACCACCUUCAAAAUACACUUCUGCCAGAUUUGAAAAACAUGUGUAUCAAGUGCAGCUCAGUGAGUUUUCACCUCCUGGAAGUCAUGUUGCCUUGAUUCAAAUUAUUCCAGUUCUCGCAAAUAUAAAAUACAUUUUGAAACCUAGUUCUGACAGCAAAUUUUUUAAAAUCAACCCUCAAUCAGGCCUGAUAACUACAGAUAAAUGGAUGGAUUUCCAGGAACAGUCCCACUUUGAACUGGAAGUUACAACCAGUUACAGUCAGGUCUCUGUCACUGUCAUUGUUGACAUUAUUGACUGCAACAAUCAUGCUCCAAGUUUCACCCAGCCUUCAUACCAUGACAGCUUUGAUGAAAAUCUGCCUCCUGGCACCAGUGUCCUCUCAGUGAAGGCUACAGAUAGUGACUCUGGGGAGAAUGGCUUCAUUACCUAUUCCAUAGCCAACCAGAGAGCUGUUCCAUUUGCCAUUGACCCAUUUUCAGGUGUUAUCUCCACCUCCAAGUUAAUGGAUUAUGAGCUAAUGCAGAGGUGGUACCAUCUGCGUGUCUGGGCAUCAGAUUCAGGAUCUCCUUUUCGCCAUCAGACAGAGGUUUAUAUCUCCCUCAUUUUGAGCAACCGGAAUGAUAAUGUACCAGUGUUUGAGAAGAUUAAUUGCAAUGGAAGUGUACCAUGGGACUUGCCUGUUGGGCACUCUGUGGUCACAAUGUCUGCCAUUGAUAUAGAUGAGCUUCAGCACAUUAAGUAUGAAAUCAUGUCUGGCAAUGAAAGGCAGCUUUUUGAAUUGGAUUCUGUAUCUGGGGUGAUCUCCCUUAGAGCUCCUCUACGAGAUCUCUAUGCUGGACUACAAACCUUCUACACUCUCAAAAUUACUGCUACAGAUGGAGAUAACUAUGCUUUCCCAACAUGUGUAAACAUUACUGUAGUCAACCAAGGGACUCCAGUCUACUUUAAGUGUGAGGAAACUGGGGUGCUGAAAGAAGUGGCUAAGACUGUCAUCCAUUCUGCUGACUCCCAAUCUUCAGAGCAAAACCUGGAUGAAGAUUUCUCCUUGAAUGCACAUCUUAUAAACCAUCAUGCACCACAGUUUGAUGACGCCUUUCCAAGGUCUCUUGAUAUAAUGGAGACAGUACCCGUCAAUUCAACCAUUGCUCAACUGACAGCAAUAGACAGUGAUACUGGCUUUAAUGGAAAGGUGGUCUAUGUGAUAUCUUCUGGAAAUGAGGAUAGCUGCUUUUAUAUUGACACAGAAACAGGUCUCCUCCUGGUGUCCUCUCCUUUAGACCAUGAAAAAACAACUUUCUACGUACUUAACAUCACAGUGUAUGACCUUGGCAUUCCUCAGAUGUCAUCCUGGAAGUUGCUAGCAGUAAACGUUCUGGAUACAAAUGAUAAUGCUCCUACAUUUUUACAAAGCACAUACUUGGUUACUAUACCAGAAGACAUAAAGACAGGCACAACAGUCACCAUGGUGAAAGCCAAUGAUGCUGAUAUGGACGACAAUGGAAGAGUGAAAUAUUCCUUUCUAGUACCCACUGAUAAAUUUGCCAUCAACAGUAUCACGGGAGAGGUAGUAGUGACUGCUGCCCUUGACAGAGAAUUAUGGCCUCACUAUGCCCUAAAAAUUGAGGCCAGAGACCAGCCACAAACUGGCCACCAGCUCUUCGGAAUUGCUGAUCUGGUUAUUUCUUUGGAAGAUGUAAAUGACAAUUCUCCACGUUGCAUCCCGGUCUUGAACAAGGUGAAGGUUCCUGAGGACCUGCCGCUUGGGACAACUCUGCUGUUCCUGGAAGCCUUUGAUCCAGAUAUCAACUCUGAGGGAGAGCUGAAAUACAGUCUCUUCAAUGACGAUGAGAAUACGUUUCAUCUGAAUGAGAUCACAGGGGCUCUGUUCUUGGAAAAAGAGCUAGACUAUGAGAAGAGGGACUCUUACAAUCUAUCUGUGAAGAUCAGUGAUGCUGGGAAGCCCCAUUCUCUCUCUUCCAUCUGCCAUGUUGAGAUUGAUGUUUUGGAUGUCAAUGAAAACUUGCACCCUCCUCGCUUUGCUUCUUUUGUAUAUGAAGGUUUGGUGAAAGAGAACAGCCAAGAGGGGACGUCUGUGAUGAGAGUAAUAGCUCAAGAUGGUGAUAAAGGGAAAGAUGGAGAAAUCCAGUAUUUCAUCAGAGAGGGAACAGACCUGGCUGUCUUCAGUAUUGAAAAGGACACAGGUACAAUCUUUACCUCAGGGCCACUAGACAGAGAAUCCCGCUCUCAUUAUUGGCUGACAGUGCUGGCUGUUGAUCUAGGAUCAGUCCCUUUGUCUUCUGUGGUUGAAAUUUACAUUGAAGUCACUGACGUAAAUGACAAUCCACCACAGAUGUCUAGUCCUGUCUAUUAUUCCUCUGUCAUGGAGAAUUCGCCAGCCAACACCUCCAUCCUUCAGGUUAAGGCUACAGAUCCAGAUUCUGGCUCCCAAGGGAAGCUGACGUUCCAUAUCAUCAGCGGAAACCAUCAAGGAUUGUUUGCCAUUAAUCCUGUCACUGGUCUGAUUUAUACCACUUCUCAGCAACUAGAUCGGGAAUACAAGGCUGAACAUAUCUUAGAGGUCUCUGUUUCAGACCAUGGCGAUCCAGCUCUGAAAACCACCAGCAGAGUUGUAAUCCAAGUCAUGGAUGUCAAUGAUAACCCUCCCAACUUCUCCCAAAAACUCUUCAUGGUUCAGCUCCCAGAAAAAGCAGCAUCAGAGACUCCUUUGCCAGUCUACAGGGUGAUUGCUGCAGAUCGUGAUGAGGGGCGAAACGGCCAAGUUACUUACAGCCUUGAAGAAAACAAUGAGGGGUCCUUCAGCAUCCAUCCAGUGACAGGCGUGGUGUUCUCCAAAAAGCCUGCCCAAGAGUACAACAUACUAACAGUCAAGGCGAUUGAUGGCGGCAUCCCCGCACUUUCCUCCAGCGUGAGGCUUCACAUCAGUUGGAUCUCCAAGCCCCUCCCCUCCUCAGAGUCACUCGAUUUCGAUGAGCCUCAUUUCAACUUCGCAGUCAUGGAAACAGACCCAGUGAACCACAUGGUGGGAGUGAUCAGCGUGGAGGCUGGACUCAGCCAACUCUGGUUUGACAUCACAGGUGGUGAUGAUGAAAUGGAUUUUGACAUUGAGAAGAGCGCUGGCAGCAUUGUCAUCGCAAGAGCCCUGGAUGCGAAGAGAAGGUCGAACUACAACCUCACAAUCGAAGUCACCGAUGGCUUGAGCAUCAUCAAGACGCAGGCCUAUAUCCGUGUGAUUGACAUCAACCAGCAUUGCCCCCAGUUCUUGGAGUACCAGUAUGAGGCGCACGUCCCAGAAGACACGCCUCCCGGAACCGAAUUCAUUUGGGUCAGUGCAACGGACAAGGACCCAGGGAAAGGGCUGAUCUACACCCUUCAGAGCAGUGUGGAUCCUAGAAGCAUGAAGCUCUUCCAAAUGGACCCAAGCAGGGGCACCCUCAUGACUGUAGAAGACCUUGAUUCUCAAGCCAUGUCCCUGCACACCUUGACAGUGAUGGUGCGAGACCAGGAGGUUCCGAUCAAGCGAGAUUUUGCCAGAGUUGUCAUCCACGUAGAGGACUGUAACAACCAUCCUCCCCAGUUUGCCAGCCUCCAUUAUAAAGCAGAAGUUCUGGACGCAGCUCCAGUAGGCACAGAGGUUGUGCAAGUUCGGGCCCUGGAUCAAGAUCAUGGAGUUAAUGCUGAUAUCCUCUACUCCCUUGAGGCAGGGAACAAUGGGGACAUUUUCACCAUAAACAAGCUUUCUGGGAUCAUUACAAUUUCUCAGAAGCUAGACCAGCGCAAGCAAGAGAAAUUCACUCUCAGUGUAAAAGCAGAAGAUCAAGGAUUUCCGCAGAUGAAGGACCUGGCUACUGUGAACAUUUACAUUAAGCCCUCGGAUAGCACACCUCCACAGUUUGCAGAGGAGGAAUAUGUUAUAGAGAUCAGUGAAUCUGCUGUCAUUGGCUCUCCUGUCGUCCUUGUUUCAGCCAUGAGCCCUUCGUCUGUCAGCUACAAAAUAAUAGAGGGAGAUGAGAACGGCUUCUUUUCCAUCAACUAUCAAUCUGGACUUAUUUCUAUGCAAAGGAGAUUAGAUUUUGAGCAGGCUUCGUCUUACCAGCUAAAAGUCCGUGGCACCAACAUGGCAGGAUCAUUUAUGGAUGUUCUGGUGUUUGUUUAUAUCAUAGAUGAGAAUGACAAUGUUCCUAUCUUUGAGAAGACUUCCUUUGUUGGCUGGCUCAGUGAGAACAUGCCAUUGGGUAGUAUGGUUAUGGAUGAAAACAAUGCCCCAUUAGUGAUACAUGCAACAGAUGCUGACCAAGAUUCUAAUGCUUUGCUGGUCUAUGAGAUUUUGCAGCCAGAGGCACUAAUUUUUUUCAAAAUAGAUGCAAGCAUGGGCACUCUUACUACUUGUGCUGAUAUUGACUAUGAGCAUAUUCCAGUUUUCCACAUUCGUGUCCAUGUCCAUGACAGUGGCAACCCCACUUUAUUUGCUUCCAAACCCACUGAAGUCACCAUUCACAUCAGAGAUAUAAACGACUGUCCUCCGGUAUUUACAGAACGAAUUUAUGAAUGUUCAGCACAGCUUCCUGUCCAUCAGGGUAUGGAGAUUUGUACAGUACAUGCAAAAGAUGUAGACUCUGAGGUAAUCUACAGUAUAGUGGAAGGGAAUCAUGACCAUGUUUUCUUCAUUCACCCCACAACUGGUGCCAUCUCUGUGCUAAAUGCUACCACUUUGGGAAGCUAUCAUGAACUGACAGUUCGAGCGGGGGAUGGUUUAUAUACAACUAGUGCUUUGAUAAGAAUAAAUUGUGUUGAACCACGAGACAGCACCUUAAAAUUUGUUCAAGAUUUAUAUAAAGUUAGAGUGAAGGAAAACUCCACAGAUAUUCAAACUCUGGUUGUUCUUAAUGUCAUUGGGAAUCAGCUGAAUGAACCACUCUUUUACUCCAUCAUGAAUGGCACAGAGAGGUUCACGAUGAUCCAGUCUUCAGGAGUGCUACAGACCAAGGGCGUGGAAUUUGACCGUGAAACCCAGGACAUGUAUGAGAUUGCAGUGGAGGUAAAGGACAUUAGAAAUCCACCAAGAGUAUCUCAAGCAAUAGUAAAAAUAUAUGUGGAUGAUGUUAAUGACAAUCCACCCCAUUUUGAAAAUGUGCCUUAUUAUGUAGCAAUACAGGAUGGUGCUGAGCCAGGUGAUGUCGUCUUUCAGGUUUCUGCAACUGACCCAGAUCUGGGAAAUAAUGGAGUCAUUUUUUACUCCUUUAUAGAAGACUACAAGUAUUUCCGGAUUGACCCCUACUUAGGAGACAUCUCACUCAAGAAACCCCUUGAUUAUCAAUCUUUAAAUAAAUACACGCUAAGAGUUUUUGCCAGAGAUGCUGGUGAACCUCCCUUAUAUGCUGAAGAAGAGGUUGUAAUCAUGGUGCGUAACAAAUCCCACCCUCUGUUUCAGAGCCUCUUGUAUACUGUGAAAGUGCCUGAAAGCAUUCCAAUCUACACACCUGUUCUCCAUAUCCAGGCUCGGAGCCCCGAAGGCUUGCGCUUAAUAUACAACAUUGUGGAAGAAGGUACCCUUAAGCAGUUCAACAUUGACUUCAAGACUGGGGUACUUAUGGUCACUAGCCAACUGGAUUAUGAAUCUGACACAAAACAUGCCUUUACCGUCAGAGCAACAGAUACAGCAGUGGGUGCCUUUUCAGAAGCAAUGGUAGAAGUAGAGGUUGAGGACGUUAAUGACAAUUUACCUGAAUUUUCUCUGAUGGUGUACACUGCAUCUGUCUCUGAAAGUAUGCCGGCUCAGACUCCCGUUGUACAGGUCUUUGCUACCGACAGAGAUUCAGGGCGGAACAAAGUAAUUUCAUAUCAGAUCUUGGAGGACCGUUCGGACGCAUCAAAGUUCUUUCAUGUUGAUGCCAGCACAGGUGAAAUAACAACAACUCAGGCUCUAGAUUAUGAAGCCAACCAUGAGUUUCACAUUAGAGUGAGAGCCACAGACCAUGGGAUGCCUCCUCUUAGCAGUGAAGCCCUUGUUAUGGUCCAUGUGUUGGAUGUCAAUGACAACCCACCUCAGUUCAGUCAGCUUCACUACCAGGCUAAUGUGAGCGAAAUGGUCACCUGUGGCCACAUUGUGAUAAAAGUCCAAGCUUCUGAUCCAGAUAGCAGGGAUACCCCUAGGCUGGAAUAUCUGAUAAUUUCGGGGAAUGAAAAAAGACAUUUCACCAUCGACAGUGCUUCAGGAAUCAUUUCCACACUGAAUCGUUGUAAAAAGGACCUGGAAUCUUUUUAUAAUCUCAAGGUCUGUGCGUCAGAUGGAGUGUUCAAGACCACCGUGCCAGUCUACAUCAAUACCACAAAUGUAAAUAAAUAUAGCCCAUCAUUCCAGCAGGAUGUUUAUGAAGCAGUGCUGGCUGAAAAUGCUAUGGUAGGAACCAAGGUGAUUGAGUUGUUAGCUGUUGACCCAGAUGAUGGUCUCUAUGGCACAGUAGAUUAUACCAUCAUAAACAAGCUUGGUCAAGAGAAAUUUGCAGUAGAUGACAGGGGGCACAUUGAAACGCUGCAGAAGCUGGACAGGGAAAAUUCCACAGAGAGGGUGGUUGCUAUUAAAAUCAUGGCCAAGGACGGGGGAGGAAAGGUGGCCUUCUGCACUGUCAGAAUCAUACUCACAGACGAAAAUGACAACCCACCUCAGUUUAAAGCUUCUGAAUACAUCUUGUCCAUCCAGUCCAAUAUGAGCAAAGGGUCGCCAGUCAUUCAGGUGCUAGCUUAUGAUGCUGAUGAAGGAGUGAAUGCUGACGUCACCUACUCUGUUGAUUCAGUGGAGGAGGUCAUUGCAGAGGAUGUGAUUGAGAUUAACACUGUCACAGGAGUUGUUAAAGUCAAGGAGAGCCUCAACGGGCUAGAAAACAGAACAGUGAACUUUAAGGUCAAAGCUGAAGAUGCCAGGCCUCCCCAUUGGAAUUCUACUGUUCCAGUGAAGCUUCAAGUUGUUCCAAAGAAAGUGUCUUUGCCAAGGUUUUCUGAGCCUCUCUACACCUUUUCAGCAUCUGAAGACCUUCCGGAGGGAUCAGAAAUUGGAUCAGUUAGAGCUGUGGCAGAAGACCCCAUUAUCUACAGUCUGGUGAAAGGAACCACUGCCGAAAGCAAUAAAGAGGGGAUAUUUGCUUUGGAUAGACAAACAGGGGCUUUGACUAUCAAGAAGGCAAUGGACCAUGAGAAGAUGAAAUGGUACCAAGUUGAUGUUUUGGCUCAUUGCUCACAUCAGGAUACUGACUUGGUCUCUUUGGUAUCUAUAAACAUCCAUGUAAAAGAUGUCAAUGAUAACAAACCUGUUUUUGAAGCUGAUCCCUAUAGAGCCUUUGUCAUGGAGAAUAUGCCAGCAGGGACCACUGUGAUUCAGGUCACCGCCAAUGACCAGGAUACUGGAAGUGAUGGGGAAGUGACGUAUAGCCUAGGAACAGAACCAAACAACAUCAGAGAAUUCUUCACCAUUGACAGUGAAAGUGGCUGGAUCAUGACACUCAAGGAGCUAGAUUGUGAGGUCCAGGAAACCUACACGUUCCUUGUUGUAGCAUCCGACCAUGGCAGAAAAAUCCAGCUUUCUUCUCAAGCCCUAGUGGAAGUCACAAUCACUGAUGAAAAUGACAACGCUCCACAGUUCACCUCUGAAAUCUAUAAAGGGUCAGUGGUCGAGAAUGCUGAGCCUGGACAGAUAAUUACCAUGCUUAGAACUAUAGACAGUGAUAUUUCAGAGCAAAACAGACAAGUCACAUGUUACAUCACUGAAGGAGAUAUUCUGGGACAGUUUAGUGUUGACGAGGUUGAUGGAGAAUGGAGGGUUUUUUCCAGGAAGCUUCUGAACAGGGAAGACACAGAAAAAUAUCUGCUCAAAGUCAUGGUAUCUGAUGGAAAGUUCCAAGCAGCAACAGAAGUGGAGAUUUCAGUCCUUGAUGUCAAUGAUAACAGCCCUGAGUGCAAGCAGACGCCAUACAAAGGGAAAGUUUCAGAAGAUGCACCUCAAGGAUUUUCUGUUUUGAAAGUGUCAGCCACAGAUGCUGAUGUUGGCAGCAACAGCCAGAUUAUUUAUAGUCUUCAUGGAUCUGGUGCGGAGGAAUUCCGAUUGGACUCCCAUACAGGGGAGCUGACUACUUUUGCAUUACUCGACCGAGAGCGGAAGCCCAAGUACCAGCUUGUGGGCAAGGCAACGGAUGGCGGAGGGCGUUUUUGCCAAGUGGACAUAACUGUGGACAUUGAGGAUACGAAUGACAAUGCUCCGAGGUUCUUUCCCAGCCAUUGUGCAGUAGCUGUCUUUGAUAAUACCACAGUAAAGACACCUGUUGCAGUCGUCUUCGCAAGGGACCUUGAUGAAGGUCGUAAUGCAGAAAUAUUCUAUUCUCUUGCUGAAUCAGCUAAUGGCCACUUCUCAAUAGAGGAGACAACUGGUGUGAUACGUCUGGAGAAACCUCUCAAGGAGUCACAGGCAUCUGCCCUGGAGCUGACUGUGUGCGCCACAGACAGGGGUUUACCACAUUCCCUCUCUUCCCUUACUACUGUGACAGUCUCAGUGGUAGAUUUAAAGGAAUAUCUGCCAGUGUUCCUGGACACAGAAUAUGUGGUUGUGGUGCAGGAAGAUGUAGCUGUUGGAACAGAGGUUCUGAAUCUGUCUUCAUUGACAAGGGAUAGUGCUAAGGGCACAGAGAUUAAGUAUGAAAUUAUGAAUGGAAAUGAUCAUGGGAAUUUCAGACUCCAUCCAAACACGGGCAUCCUAUAUGUCAAUGGAAGUCUGGAUUUCGAAGUUAGCCAUGAAUACUACUUGUCUAUCGAGGGUAUCAGAAAGGGCUCUACUUCUCUCAGUGACAUCACCAUGGUUGUGAUCAACAUCACAGACAUAAAUGAUCAUGUGCCAAAGUUCAGCCAAGACCUUUACAUUGCUGACAUCCGUGAGGAUGCUGCUGUUGGUGAAAUGGUGCUUGCGGUUUUAGCGGAUGACAAAGAUGGGGUCAUGAACAACCAGAUCACGUAUUCUAUUGUGGUAGGGAAUCCAUUGGGCCAUUUCAUCAUCGACCCCAAAGCUGGACAGAUCCAUAUUGCCAAGCACUUGGACAGGGAAGAGAUAUCCAGCUACUCUCUGAAAGUCCGAGCCAUGGACAAUGGACAGGUGGCUCUUUUCAGUGAUGCCACUGUGCUCAUUCGGGUGUCUGAUGUCAACGAUAACCCACCCAGGUUCUUUCAGCUCAAUUACAGUGUGGCAGUUCAGGAGAACUCUCCAGUUGGUACCAGUGUCCUGGAGCUGAUCAUGAGUGACAGAGACUCCCCAGAGAAUGGGCCACCAUACUCUUUCCACAUCACUGAGGGAAAUGAAGGAAAGGCAUUCCAGAUCAGCCGGGAUGGAAUGUUGGUGACAUCAUCCAUCCUGAACAGAAGAGCAAAAGAGCAAUACCUUUUGCAAGUCCAGGUCACAGACAGUGGUAUCCCUCCUCUCUCUUCAUCUGCAUUUGUCAAUGUCCAGGUGACGCAGCAAAGCAGAUACUCUCCUUCCGCCCUCCCACUGGAGAUUUUCAUCACUACUAACGAAAGAGCAUUCCGAGGAGGGGUGCUUGGCAAAAUUCAUGCCACAGAUCGAGACCCUCAUGAUACCCUGCUGUACACCUUGGUGUCAGAAGCACCCGAAAAGAAACACUUCUCAGUGGGGGCCACAGAUGGGAAGAUAAUUGUGGGUGAUGGUCUCCCGCAUGGUCACUAUGCUCUGAAUGUAACAGUCAGUGAUGGGACCUUUGCAGCAACCACCAGUGUCCACAUCCAUGUGUGGACCUUCACCCAGGAAGCUUUGGAUAAGGCUGUGGUGCUCCACUUCCGCCACCUCACCCCUGAGGAAUUUAUAGGAGACCAUUGGCGCAACCUGCAAAGGUUUCUGGGAAGCCUCCUAGAAACUAGGCGGCAGAACAUCCACAUGGUUAGUUUGCAACCUUCCGGUGCUUCAGAUGGCGUGGACCUCCUGCUGGCCAUUGGAGAACCUCAUCAUGCCUUGUAUAAGCCCAGUUUCAUCGCUAGCAGGAUAUCUCAGUCAGCUGAAGAGAUCGACCAGCGAGUUGGGCUGCAGAUGAAGAAGGUGACUCAUGUCCCAUGCCAUGAAGGAGAGUGUAGCCCCCAGCGGGCCUGUAGGGAGACGAUCCAGCUUGAUCCAGGCAUGGUGUUCACCUACAGCACUGCCCGGCUUAGUGUCCUCACUCCCCGGCACAACUUGGAACAAAUCUGUUCUUGCAAUGGCACAGCUCUGCGGUUCAGCGGACACAGCUACCUCUGGUAUCACCACCAAGGCAAAAGGGACUGGCAAAUGCAGUUCCAUUUGCAAACCCAUCAGCUCCAUGCCGUACUGCUCACGACCAAUGGAAGCAAUAGUGCUGUUCUGCAGCUUGUUAAUGGAAUGCCUCACCUUGGGUACAGAUGUCGGAGUGGUUUCACCGGGAACCUUACAUCCAGCCAUUUUGUGAGCGACAGUACAUGGCACUCCAUCCUUCUGGAAGUGAAAAGCUAUUCCAUCCGUUUGCUUGUUGACAGCUUGGGAAAUGCCUCUCUAGUGCUGCCUGAGGCCUGUGACAUUGCCCAUUCCAGGCGCGAUCUGCUCAUUGGAGGAUUUGUGCAACAUCAUCAGGCACAGCGAGUCACUGAUGGUUUCAGAGGUUGCCUGGACGCCGUCACAGUCGACAAAAGAGGCCUGGUGGUUCUGCCCAAGGAGAAGAGGUCCAGAGGAGUCGUUGAAGAGGCAGGCGUUAGGCAGUGCUGCCCUCACACCGGGGUCUGUAGCAGCAACCCCUGCCUCAACGACGGGCUGUGCACUGAGCUGAAAGAUGGAGGUUACUCUUGCAUCUGCCCCAUACAGUUUUCUGGAGACCACUGUGAAGUGGCUGACAGCCUUUGUGAAGGCAAACCCUGUUUACAUGGAGGGACUUGUGCCCUCUCUGAGAAAGGCGGAUAUACCUGCCAUUGCCCAGAAUGGUACUGGGGAGAAAGAUGUGAAAAAGUUGCUGGGAAAUGCUUGCAGAAUCCAUGUCUGAACUCUGGGCGUUGUGUGAAUGCUGAGGGCUCCGUUCACUGCAUCUGCACGGGUGACUUCCAGGGAGCGUUCUGCGCGCAGAAAACCAUGACUCCAAAUAUUAGUCCCUCCAACUUGCUCUUGGCACCUGGGGAGAUUGCCCAAAUUUCCGCCGGCGUGCUCAGUGUCAUCAUCCUGGUGAUAGUGUCUGUUGUCAUCCACAAAUGCUACUGCCGCAAAGACAAGACUCACAAACCAGUGGCCAAAGAGGACCCAGACCUGCUCUCCAAAAGUGAAUUCUCCAAAAGUGUCGGUGUCGGCACUCAAGGUCUUCCCCCCAUUGAACUCAACAUCCUCAGUGAUGGUCACCACAACCACCUCAAUGCACUAGACCCAGGCAAGCCCUCCAUCACGCCAGACUUCGUCACCUUCAGCACAAGCAAUCUCCAGAAACAGCGGGGUGCCAUUGUGUGCAGCGUGGCCCCCAAUCUCCCAAUUGCUGCACCCUCGUCCAACUCUGACAAUGAGUCUGUCAUCAAGAGCGCCUGGGCUGGAGAAAAGAUGGUGUACCCGGGAGAGACAACCUACUGGCCACCGAGAUACCAGCCAGCAGAUAUCCAAGAGUAUCACCAAUAUGAAGUUAUUGAAGGCCCCCGUCCGCCUUCUCCAUGCCAUCGAUCUCCUCCUGCCGUAGACUCAGAUCCAACUGGCCUUUAUGGUGGCUUUCCUUUCCCACUUGAUCAAAGCAACAAGCGGGCUCCAAUCCCGCCCCGCUACAGCAACCAGAAUCUGGAAGACUUUUUACCCCCCAGUUCUGCUGAGCUACCUGCUUCCCAGUGUCAGAAUGAAUACACUGCCAUUAGCUACUACCCUUCCCAGCUGGUAGAGAAUGAGGGGCUACCUUACCUUCCAGACAGUGGGUUAAAGAGGGUGAGCAUGCGACUCAGCGUGGCCCAGCCCUCCUAUGCAGACUGCGAGGUGAGGCCUACCUCCAAUGUCAGAACUCAGCCAGUGCUGCCUCCUAACUAUGAGGGCUCCGACAUGGUGGAGAGUGACUAUGGGAGCUGUGAAGAAGUGAUGUUCUAAUGGGGACUCUUAGUUGAAAUGCGAAGGGAUAUUGUACAUCCAAUUACACCUGGCCUACAGUAUUUGAAGGAGAAGUAACUUUCUUUGAGUAUUCCUUUUCUGGAAUGUGCAACUUUCUGUCAUAUUCUUAACAACAGCAUCUCUACAUGUAGCUAUACUGGUGCUUCAGCCUGCCAGCAAGUGGUCCACCACUUCUGCUUUGGGUUGGAUUCUCAAUGGACCUUGUUGCUGUUUUGAGUUCAGUUGCAUCUGGAGAGCAACAACAGAGAGGUGCAUCCUUAUACAUGUAAAAACUCCCACUGAGUGGUGACAGUGGCUUCUUCUCAGCAGUACGGGAUUCCUUUAGAAGUGGAUGAAGAACCUCAGCUCCAACUCCCUAUCCUUUGCAUGGGCGCAUUUUGCCAACAGGCUCCCAAAGAAAGAGCUAGAAUGUGUUGUGACUGAGGAACAAGCAGGGACUUGGGGUUGUCAAUUGCCAGGGCAGAAGAAAUUACACUUGAAUGUGUUAGCUCCUGGAAAGUACAGGGCAAUAAAUGCAUUGCAGAGGGAUAGUCAAAUAUUGUGCCUUUGUCAGAGGUUUCCAUUGGACUAAAAG